AAGUCAAAAACACAGGGAAAUGGACAAUGAUUGCGUGGAAAUCAAUUAUUUCGAAGUUUUCAGAUGGGAUUUUUCGAUGAUAAAAAACGGGAUGAAGUUCGAAGACGAGAAAAUAUAGGUUUUCUGACAGACUAUUUGGUUAGAAGCGAAGUGAGUGAUUAUUACCGCCUCCGGCUUCUCGUGAACUUUCUGUUCGGCCUCUUGAUUUCCUCCUCCCUUUAUCAUGCUGGCUGGAAAAACUUGAACUUUGGAGAUUUUGACUAUACUUAUGGGCUGAUCGUUAAAUGGACUAUUGUUGCUUUCUCCACUUAUGCCUUUGCAGUGAGCCCGAUUUUUCGAUGUGCUCUGUUUUGUGUAUUAAUUGGCGCGUUUGGCAAACAAGGACAAUAUCCGUUCACUAUGUUAGUUAUGAGCAACCUCCAAGAGGGACCAAUUUCAAAUAUGAUGUCAAACUAUGAAACAACGUCUGAGAUUGUGAUGUGUCAUAUUGAGUUACAAUCCAAGAUCACUGCAAAUCGUGUAGCUUUAUUAACAGGGCCAUUGGAGGAGUUGAUCGAAAAGUUGAUGGCAAAAGGAAUUCGAGCAAUGAAAGCAGUUUCUCGAGAGACUAGAGCUCUGAUAACACCUUUUAUGGAACUUCUAAAAACUGAGAAGACUAAAAUAGACAAGAAAAUUGAAAUUGAAAGAGGACAAUUGGAAGAUAUCGAAAAACGGAAACAACGAAUCUUGAAGAUGUGGGAGAAGUCCAUGAAUCGAUCGCUUACAGAGGAAGAUCAGAUUGCCGGGGAGCUGUUACCUGCUGAAGAUCUUAUAGACAAUGUUACCAUUGGAGAGCCUCCAGUCUGGAAGAAAUUUAAGACACCGCUUAUUCAAAAAAUGGCAGAUAAGAUGUCUAGAAACUGUGAACAGAUGUUUAAUAAGGGAAUCGAUAAGUGCAGAAAUCUUGCUGCGGAGCUUGUGUCUUCGUGUAAAGAUGCAAUUAUUUGGCCUAUUGAAGCAUUCAUCUGUCCCAAAUUAAACGUCGAAGGCGUCUGCGAUGCAGUCGAAAGAAGGGUUCAGUCCAUGAAUAUUUGCAGAAAUCAGCUGGAGGAAAGUCACGUGGAUCCAUCUAUCGAAAAAGAUGUUACUGAUGUGAUGAAAUUGACAGAGGAACUGGAACAAAACAGUAAUAUUGAAUUGCAUUCUGUUAGGGUUGAAACGCCACGAGUAGCCAUUGAAUAUAGACUUUCGGAUUUGAAAAUCAAAAUUCGAGCUGCUAAUCUUUAUUUCAAGAGUAUUGUUGGAGUUUCAAAGCAAAUCUUUCAAGCAUUCUUUAUAUACUUUGUCUAUACCAUUUUUCGCGAUUCUGUCGGGAUGAUCCGGAAGUAUCAGGAGGACGUCGCAUUUUCCAAUUCUUUUGUUACAAAAGAGUUUUGGAUGAUUGAUAGAUUUCGACAAGCUCGAGGACAAACUCACUUAUCGCAUUUUUCAAAGCAAGAGAAACGUGAGUGGCGAGUAAUGGAAGUAUUUAGUUUACCAACAAAAGCAGAAAGAUCAAAAGCAGUUCGUCCAUUUUUCCGAUGGUUUAUUCUAGCUCUUACCGUGUCUGUCAUUAUUAUUCUCGACUAUUAUUUGUUUGUUUUCCUUGAUUCGGUUGUCGAGUCGGCUAGACAACAGGUUAAGCAGAAAGCGAGUGCUCCCGCUGGACUCAAUAUUACUGGUGAAGGAGUUCUCGCAGAUUUUCUCAAGACAAUGACAUCGACUAAUGAAACACUGGAAGUUGAUCAGACGCUUUCCAAUGAGCAUUGUUUGCUGAAGCCAUUGGCACCGAAUACGGAUAUUCUGAUCUACUGGCUGGUGAUUCCACUGUUGUUGUCAUUUUUGUUUCAGGUUGUGUUUUCAUUUGCAAUUCGUAGAAUUGUGCUCAACUACUUUCUCCCCUUCAUGUUCCCAAUGCGAUCAAAAGUUCGACUCAUUCAAUUUUAUAACAAAUGUCUGGUUAACCGUGAGAAGCAUAGAAAAGAAGCAAGAGCACGGAUUCGUUUUAUGGUGGAUCGAAGAAGAAUCGAGACGCUGCGAAAAGGAGAAUUUUCGGCUGGAGGCUCUUUUCUGAAACAACACGUCUUCGAAAGAAUUUUCAAGACAGCAAAAUGUUUUUUAUGCCAAGAGAAGACUUAUGCAAGGAAACUGUUCUAUUGCGCUGAAGUAAAGUGUCAAUCCAGUUUUUGUAAGGAUUGUGUUGAGGACAACUUUGGAAAAUGCUAUUCGUAAUCCCGACGAAGUAAAAACGAAGGAUCAAUUUUUGUCAUAUGGAGAAUUUUUGGAAAGAAUUCAACAAGAUCAUAUGCAGAAGUGACGAUGCUUCUAGUAUUCAAAUCUCAUCAACAAAGAAAUCAUAAAACACGUUCAAUUCAAUUUUUAUUGUAAAUAUUUCAUGAACUUUUAAUGAAAGAUAUAAAU